UCAUUUCACUUUUUUCGCUUGCCACUCUGCGCCAGUACCUUACAACGCACCGCAUGAAUCUCUAGAGAAUUUUAAGUAUCGCCGUCGCGACACGCUGGACCCAUAAGAUGUGAUAAUCUUCGUUGUUGUGUGUUAUUUUCUCCGGGCAGUACGUGGUACUUUCACCGAACACUCCUUUUCAACGGAUGUUCUUUUGUUUACAUUGGAAAAAUAUUAUUCAUACCGUCUGUUUCUAUCAACAUUUUCUAGGUUAGCAUUCCAAAAUGAACCAAACCAAUCAUCGACAUACCGUAGCAAGUCCAAAAUAUAUUUCAACUUCAAACAUUCCGCUCAGAAGAACGGUGAGCAGGCAAAGUUCAAAUUCUAGCACUACAUCAACAUCAUCUGUCAGACCCAGGCUGCCUACUGACCCAGCACAUAGAUGGAAACAAAAGUAUGAUGAAUGUGAGGAAAAGAGAAAAGCUAUUUUAUCAGAAAAAGAAAAAGCCUUACGAAGUUUAAACGAUCUUGAAAAGAAGCAUCUUAAUCUUCAAGUCAAGCAUGAACACCUUGAGACUGAGCUCUUCGAAAAAAAUGAAGAGUUUACUAAAUUAUCGACUGCAUCGAAAAAUUUGUAUAAAGAAUACGAAACCCUUAAAAAUCAGUAUGAAACUGAAACUGGUGCUAUGGCAAGGGCUCUUAAAGAUGCAACACAAUGGUACAAAGAAAAUAAACAGCUUAAAAGACGAACAUUACACUUGGAUAAAGACACAGUAGAUGAAGGUGUAGAUGAUGGAGAGGCAACAAACGAUGCAGACAUUGAAAAUCUUAAUAGAACUAUUAAGCAACUUAGCACAGAAGUAGCCGAGUUGCAGACUGAGUUGGAUGCUGCUAGGCAAACAGAGUUCCAAACGUUGGAACAAAAUGCUAAGAUAUCUGAAGACUUGGAGCAAUUAAAAAUUGAAAAUGAACGGCUAACUUCCGAGCUAAAUGAAUUUAGAAAAGAACAUAGUCAAUUGUUGCGGGUUUCUGAAAUGAUGAAAAAAGAGAUGGAGGAAUUAAGAAACAUUAACGAAAACCAGCGAACUGAAGUCAUCGAUUUAAGGAAAGAAGCCGGAGUUCAGAAAAGAGAACGUAAUAUUCUUGCGCAUCAAAGUAAUUUACUUCUUCAAGGCCUUGGUGACGAAAAUGGAACUGACUCACUGAUGCUUUUGCAAGAGAUUGAAUGUCUGAAACGGACCAUUGAAGAAGAGAGAACUAAGUAUGAAGAGGAAUUAAGUAUUCUACAGGAACGCCUGGAAGACCAAGAAAAUAACUCUCAUGUAGAAAUUUUAGAAGAGCGUCUUAAGUUAGUUGAAUCUGAACUGCAAGAAGCACUUAAUCGAGCGGAUGUGGCUGAACAAAAAUUAAAAGCACCUCCAGCCCCACCUCCGCCACCACCUCCGCCGCUGAUGCCUUUGGAUCAACCUCCCAUGGUUCCUUUGCGCAGACGAAGAAGUAGAGCUACUGUAGAGGAUUUGGCUAAAACAAUCGGGAUCCAACACGAUGGAACGGUUGAGAAGAAACCUGUUGCACCUGGUGUUAAUGAAGAUAUUAUUAACGCCAUUAAAGAAGGAAAGUUUACUUUGAGAAAAAGACGAAAAGAGAAUAAUAACGAGCCUAAAGAAAAAGACAAGGAAGCGCCGAAAGCUGUGUCCGAGUUGCUUAAUAUAUUAGGCAGUUUAAGAAGAGCGCCGAAAAAAAGGCAAAGUCUCUUAAAUGGUGGUGAUGUUCCGCAGUAAUAUCUUUGUAAUAUGUUUACCGUUUUAUAGUUAUGUAUUAUUUUUUGAUACUAAAUGUUUAUUUAAGAUAUACCUAUUUAUGUUGUUUAAAAUUAAAACUUCCAUUUAUAGUAAA